AUGUCACUUCUUAUAAAGCCCCUAUUCCAGAAUGCAGCCAAGCUAGGCAACAACAGCAAGGCCAUAGAUGCAUACGUGAAAAAAUAUGUCGAAACAGCCAAAAUUGUGGAAGAGGUCCUGCACGAGGCUCUUAGCAAGAGAAACCCGUAA